UUAUACGAAUUAAAUAUUAAUUUUUUAUUAACCUAAAUAAAUUGUCAAAUAAAAUUUCAUUGAAAUUACUUGUCAUCGCUGAAACUUCCACUUAUCCAAACAACUAUAGUAUACUACCAGACAAAAAAAAACCCACCGAUAAUUAUGGACACAGAUUAUAGUCAGAGAUCAACUGUUUGGACACAAAUCCGGGCUCUAUUCCAGAGGAAUAUGUUAAUUAAGCGCCGAAAUCGGGCACAAUUAAUGAUGGAGCUAAUAUUUCCAGUGAUAAUGGUUAUGAUAAUAUUGUCAGUAAAGUCGACAGCAAAACCAAAGACCACACAUGCCGUAGAUCAGCUACAAUACGGUGGCAACAGUUGGUAUACAGAUAUUGGUGGUAUGGGUGGUGGUGGUGGUGGUGGUGCCAGAAUACCGCCUGAGUUACUUAAAAACCCCAUAUAUAUAAUCUGUGAUAAUAAUAACACACGAGGAAGGAUUAUAGUCAAUAUUAAAAAUGUGCUUAAAAACAUGAAUAUAACAGGUAUUAAAUUGAACACCGAUUACGUGGACAUGGAUUCAUUUAAUCGUGAUUAUCAUCAAACCAAUGGCAAGAAUGCUACUGUGGCUAUCGGUUUUGAUGUCCAAAAUCUAGGAAAUAUCUCUUAUACCAUACGUAUGCCUUACAAUUUUGUGCCUAAUGGCAAAAACAAAAUGGGUAAUCUUGGUCAAUGUCUGGGAGAUAAUCCAUUUGUAAUGAGGUGUGAUUCCACCCAAUACUAUAGUAGUCUAUUUAGUUUAAUCCAAACGGUCGUCGACUCGGCCCUCAUAAGUUUAUCAAAGUCCAAUACAAUAGUUAUACCAAAAGCCAAACUGUAUGCCUAUCCGCGACCCGAAUAUACCACUAGUGAUCUACAGUGGCAGUCAUUUGUGCCGACCUACCUUUCCUGGGCAUUCAUGCCGUCCGUAUCCAUACUGGCCGUAAUGUUUGUGCUGGAAAAGGAGCGCAAAAUCAAGGAAGGCAUGUUUAUGAUGGGUCUGAAUAUGUCGGCCUAUUGGAUCAGUUGGGUGAUUGUCCAGACAUUGUUUGUCAUCCUAAUAAGUCUAGUCGUAACUUUGAUAGUAUAUUUUGCCAAAAUCCUAACCGUCAAUCCAGUAGUCAUGUUCAUAAUGAUGUUCCUGUUUGGCACAUCCAUGAUCUGUGUGGCCGCUCUGAUCAGUCCAUUCUUCAAGAAAGAAAAGGCCGCCGGAACAUUCGUGUCAUUCUUUUCGUUAAUCUCUGGUAUUCUUCAUCUAUUGUUUGUCUAUCUAGACAUUGAUAAAUCUGUUUACUAUAUAUUGUCAUUGAUAUCGCCCGUUGCCUUCACAUUGGGAAUCAAUUCAAUCACUCGUCUAGAAAGCAAUGACAUUGGUUUUGAUAAUUUGUUUAAUGAUCCGGUAUUUUCUGCCGGUUCUUCAAUGCUUAUGAUGAUAGUAGACAUUGUACUCUACACUGUGUUAGCCAUAUAUUUAGAUCAAGUAAUACCCGGAGAGUUCGGUCCAAAACAGUCGAUGUUUUUCUUUCUGAAGAAAUCGUUUUGGUGUUCAUCAAACAUGAAUCGUCUGAGAAAUUCAUCGAUUCGUGAAGAAGAUCUUUGCCAACACAAUCCAGACAUUGAAGAAGUUACUCAUGAUAUGAGAGGAAAGGCUGUUAUUAACAUUGAAAAUAUGUCUAAAGUCUACGGAAAAGGCAAAAAAGCGGUCACAGCUGUCAAUAAUCUAUCGUUUUCUGUAUACGAAUCGCAAAUAACUGGUCUGUUGGGUCAUAACGGUGCCGGAAAGUCUACACUAAUCAAUAUGUUAGUGGGAAACAUACCGCCAUCAUCGGGAACAGCUUAUAUAUAUGGUCACAGCAUAGCAGAUCCAGUAGAUAUGUAUAAUUUGAGAAAAAUGUUUGGCGUUUGUCUUCAACAGGACAUACUGUUUGAUCACCUUAACGCUGUCGAGCACUUGGAGUUUUUCGCCAAAAUUAAAGGCACAGAUAGUAAACAAGUGAAGAGUGAAGUGAUAAGACUGUUAACUGAAGUACAACUCUAUGACGAUCGCAAAACUCCGUCUAAAAAACUAAGCGGCGGUCAAAAGCGUAAACUUUGUGUCGCCAUUGCACUGAUUGGUGAUUCAAAGAUUAUACUUCUGGACGAACCGUCCAGUGGUGUGGAUCCCUAUUCGCGACGACAAAUUUGGUCACUAUUACAAUCUUAUAAGAAAAAUCGGGUUAUCAUUUUGACCACACAUUUCAUGGACGAAGCAGAUCUGUUGGCCGAUAGAAAAGCUAUUGUAACGAACGGAAAGCUAAGAUGUGUCGGUUCGUCGCUGUUUCUGAAGAAUCGUUUUGGAAUCGGCUAUCACUUGACUGUUGAUAUCAAAAAGGGUACAAAUGUUGAUCUAUUGAACCAAUUGAUUGAGUCAAAUAUACCCAAAGCACAGUUCGAUAGAUUUACGACUUCCGAAGUGUAUUAUAUAUUACCACCAUCUGAGACACAUCUAUUUCCUCAAUUGUUUGAAGCGUUGGAACAGAAUAUCACACAACCGGACGGGUUUAUCCAAAGUUUUGGUAUUUCAAUGACAACUUUGGAGGAAGUAUUUCUCAAGAUUGGCGAAGAAAUCGAAACUGAACACCAAAACAAUCGCCAGCAAUACAAUGGCGUCGAUCCAACCGAACAGCUAAAACUCGAGUCACUCAUAACCGAUAUACACGAUUUGCGGCCAAACUUCUGGCAAACAUUCAAAGCUUUUCUUCGCUUACGUUUAUUGAUAUUCAUCAGAAACCCGAUGCAUGUCAUACCGAUUAUCGUAUUACCGGUCAUUAUGAUUAUCGUAUCGUACUUUCUGGUGAGGACGACAUCCGAAAAGAACAUCAAUCCGGAACCAAUUCUUUUAAAUCCUAGUCUAUAUCCAAAUGAAAAUACAUUGUUGUUUAAGAAUAACACCGACUAUGAUAUCAAUGAAACGUUUGUCAAGUUUGCCCAACAAUUAGGUGUGAAUCCAAAAUCGGUAGACAAGUUUACGUUGGUCACAACAGCCGCUACAUAUUUGGCCGUCAAUAUUACGUCAUUCAAAGAUAUCGAUCAAAUUCAAUGGGAUUUGAUUUUCAACGAAACUUACGUCCAUUCUCUGCCAAUCCUCCAGAAUUUAAUGACAAAUAUCUACUAUCGUUUGAUCCAAUCAUCACGAGGACAGCUAACAACUGAACCGUUCAAUAAUAUUACUGUCUAUAAUCAGCCGUUACCCGAAACGGACGAAAUGUUUGUCAACCGUUUCGAUGUCAAAGUAUUCAUAUAUGUUAUGCUCAUAUCCAUAAUGUUGGGCGCAAUUCCUCCGUCAAUAGCCGUGGAAGUGGUAGAAGAUCGGCAGUCAAAAAUCAAAAACUUAUUGCGUGUAUGUGGUCUCAGUUUUCACGGCUAUUGGUUGACGACAAUUGUCUGCCAUUUACUAGUAUUUCUCAUACCAGUCCUAAUCAUACUGAUUGUCACCAUAUUCAUCAUCAAAGUCGAGUUUCUACAGGACCCGGAAGCUAUCGUAUGUGCUUUCAUACUGUUCUUUCUGUUUAUGCCGGCCUCACUACUGGCCUCUUAUGUAUGGCUACACCUGUUCAACAAGAAAGACACGGCCCGAUCCAUUGUACCGAUCAUGUGCUAUCUGCCCGGUAUGGUAAUGAUGAUGAUUGUGUCGAUAGUUACGUCCAACAAUCCCAAAACUGGCAAAAUUUUACACUAUUUUUUCAGUUUUGUUUGGCCAUUCUAUGUGCCCCAGGGUUGUCUACAGUUUAUGGCUAUUACAUCAACUAUAAAUAAGUUGUCUCCAUAUACUCAUAAAACCGUAUCGUAUUUUGAUUGGGAUCAAAAUGUUGUCGUAUCAUUUGUUGCGUUAAUUAUCGAUAUCAUCGUGUAUUCAAUAUUGUUAAUUAUUGCCGAUAAACUAAAAUCUGGUGAAAGUUUGUUGAGUGCAUUGGGUUUUGAUGACAGCCUUAAAGGUUUGGGAACAGUUAUGCCGUCGGAAAAAGAGGACGAAGAUGUACGCCAAGAGCGGAAUGAUGUCAUUCAAUGUUUGGCCAAUGGUUUGAAUACUAAGAAACCAAUUGUUUUACUCAAUGAGUUGCACAAGAGAUAUGUAAAGUGGAACCCAUUUAACCGGAAGAAGAAUAAAUCAUCGGACGGCAAAAUUGCCGUAAAAAAUACUAGUCUAAUGCUAGAGUCCGGUCACAUAUUAGGACUGUUGGGUCCCAAUGGGGCCGGUAAGACAACAACAAUGAAGAUAAUGAUAUGCGAAGAAAAACAAACGUCAGGUCAAGUGUUGAUUGGCGGACACAGAGCUAAAGCUACCGAUCAUGAAGUGUUCAAAUUGAUUGGUUACUGUCCACAACACGACGCUCUUUGGAAAGAGAUAACAGUGAGAGAACAUUUGCAUUUGAUAGCAGCUAUUCGUGGCGUACCCGACGGCCAUAUCAAACGUGUCUGUGAUGAUUAUAUUGAAAAUAUGAGAAUUACUGAACACAGAAACAAAAAAUCACAUAAACUUUCCGGAGGAACAAAAAGAAAGGUAUGUUAUCUAAUGGCACUAUUGGGUCGACCGAAACUAGUCUUAUUGGACGAACCGUCCACAGGAAUGGAUCCCAAAGCCAAACGCUUUCUCUGGAAAACAAUUUUGUCGGCAUUUGAAAAAAACGCCGACCGAUCGGCAAUACUGACCACUCAUUCUAUGGAAGAGGCGGACGCUCUGUGCACACGACUGGCGAUUAUGAUUAAGGGUGUCGUCCGGUGUAUCGGUUCGAUACAGCACUUGAAGAAUAAAUACGGCGCCGGAUAUGUAUUGGAGAUUAAGUGGAACACAACUGAUCCCACAUUCGGUCAAAAACUUAAGCAAACAAUUGAAUCAUUUUUUACUAAUAUUUCAUUGAAAGAAGAGUACAAUAAUCGUCUUAUUUAUGAUAUCCCACAACAAUCGGUCCAAUCGUUGUCCAAAAUAUUUUCAUUCCUCGAAAAUCUGCGACAAUCCAUGUCUUCAAUAGAAGAAUACAGUUUUAGUCAGAAGACUAUCGAACAGAUAUUCAUCGAUUUCGCUAAAGAACAGGAGAUCAGUGAUUAA